AAGUGAGUUGAAGAUAAAGUGAUUUAUAUCAUUGAACUGAGUAGUACUCUUAAGUAAAAAGGAUAAUGCAAAACCCUCCUGAAGGAACUAUAUGGAAUCAAUUCCCAACUUUGCACAAUAGAGAACUUGACCAAAAUAUUACAUGCACGUGGGAAAGGAAAGUGACUCAACAAUACCUAACAAAUAAAUAAAGUAUUCUUUAGAGAGACAUUUGUUGCAUAAAUCAAUCUUUGCACGAAAAGAAAGAACCAAAUUAGAAGAAAAUACAACCCAAAAAUGUGUAUAUAUAAGUAUCAUAACCCCAUAUUUCAUUUCAUUCAUUCACCAAGAAGUUCAUAGAAGUAUUAAGCUACCUUUGCUAGGGAAAAAACACACAAGAGAAACAAAUUAAGGAGAGAAAAUGUCUUUGGAUCAAAAAACACGCGAAGCGGAUCGUAUCUACGAUGAAUUUGAACCAGCUUUUGAUUGCCAUUAUGAUGGUACAAUUGACACAAUGAUUUUUAUCAUUCCGGGAUUUAAGAAGGAGCAAUUGAGGGUUCAAAUAACUAAACCAAGAAUGUUAAGGGUGAGUGGUGAAAGACAAAUGAACGAGAAAACUUGGCGUCGAGUUUGCAAAGAAAUAUUUAUACCACCUUAUUCUGAUGCAAGUAAAAUGUCUGCCAAAUUCGAAGCUGGAGUCUUAUAUGUUAAACUUCCCAGACUCAUCAAGCAACAAAAAAUUGCUCCAGCACCAACACAACAAGAACCUCAAAAGCCUCAACAACAAACAAUUCCUCAGAAACCAAACACAGAUCAUGCUUCUGAUCAGAAAAAACAACAAGAACCAAAGAAAGAUAUUGAAGAAGUGACUCGAAAGAACGAGAAGGAUAAAGAAGAAGAAUCAUCAAGAGAUGGUGAGAAUAAGAAAAUUGAGAAAAGGUCAGUGACUAUGGAGAUGGUUUCAAGACAGAGACAAGAAUAUGUGAAUGCAUUGUGUCGUUUGGUGGAUGAAGUUAAGAGGCAAAAGAAAUUGGUGAAUGUGUUGCUACUUGUGUUUUUGAUCCUGAUGUUUGGUAUCUAUGUUAAGAAUGUAAUUAACUCGUUUUUUUCAGGAGGACACAAGCACCAAGAGUUGUAAUUGCUUAAUUACAAUUCAGUUGUGUUGUUAUAUACUUUCAAUAAAUAUGCACAAGAAUUAUAGAAUUAUUUACGUGUAACAAGUUCUUAAAUUUAUCAAGAGAAUAAAAGAAUGUUUGAGGUUUAUAA